UUACCUCAGCCCUCUCGCUGCCUCAGAAAGAAGUCUUAGGGGAAAGGCUCGGAUUCUAACUCGGAUUCUAGCUCCCCGUCACUAAACCUGGAUUACAGUCUUUGCUGAGCAAAUGGUUUGAAAACAGCAACCCUUUAACAGAGUGAAGAUUCUCUCCUUUUUGGAUGAAGCACCUUCUGAAAAUGCUCCUCCCUCUGCUGCUCUUCCUGUCUGGAGCAGUAAAGGCACAAGUCAACCCCGGUGUGUGCCGGUACCCUCUUGGAAUGUCUGGUGGGCAGAUUCAAGAUGAGGACAUCUCUGCCUCAAGUCAGUGGUCUGAAUCUACUGCAGCAAGAUAUGGCAGGUUGGACUUUGAAGAAGGCGAUGGCGCAUGGUGCCCUGAGAUUACAGUGGAGCCGGACAGCCUGAAGGAGUUCCUGCAGAUUGACCUGCGGUCGCUGCACUUCAUCACGCUGGUGGGCACGCAGGGGCGGCAUGCCGGGGGCAUCGGCAAUGAGUUUGCCCAGAUGUACAAGAUCAAGUACAGCCGCGACGGCAGCCGCUGGAUCUCCUGGCGCAACCAGCAGGGGAAGCAGGUCAUUGAGGGGAAUAGGAAUGCCUAUGACAUCAUGCUGAAGGAUCUGGAACCGCCCAUCAUCGCACGUUUUGUGCGCUUCAUGCCUGUGAUCGACCACUCCAUGAAUGUGUGCAUGAGGGUGGAGCUCUACGGCUGUGAAUGGUUAGAUGGCCUGGUGUCCUACAACGCUCCAGCAGGAAAGCAGAUGACCAUUAAAGGCCUGCAUGUGUACCUGAAUGACUCUGUGUAUGACGGGGCUGUUGGCUACAGUAUGACAGAGGGCUUGGGCCAGCUGACAGAUGGCCAGUGUGGCCAGGAUGACUUUACCCACAGCCACGUCUACAGUGUCUGGCCAGGCUACGACUAUGUGGGCUGGACCAAUGAGAGUUUUCCCAACAACUAUGUGGAAAUCAUGUUUGAGUUUGACCGCGCUCGCAACUUCACCACCAUGAAGGUGCACUGCAACAACAUGUUCACAAAGAGGGUGAAGACGUUCCGGCAAGUGGUGUGCUACUUUCGCUCAGAUUCAGACUGGGAGCCCACGCCCCUGUCCUUCAGCCCCGUCAUGGAUGAUGUCAACCCCAGCGCCCGCUUUGUCACGGUCUCCCUCCAUAACCACAUGGCCAGCGCCAUCAAAUGCCAGUACUACUUCGCUGAUGUGUGGAUGAUGUUCAGUGAGAUCACCUUCCAGUCAGAUACAGCCGUAUACAACACCACCCUGGCCCCACCUAAGACUGGCCCACCCACGAGCACGCAGCCAGGUGAUGACCCCACACACAAGAUAGAUGACAGCAACACACGGAUCCUGAUCGGGUGCUUGGUAGCCAUCAUCUUCAUUUUAGUGGCCAUUAUUGUCAUCAUACUGUGGCGACAAGUCUGGCAGAAGAUGCUGGAAAAGGCCUCUCGGCGGAUGCUGGACGAUGAACUAACUGCUAGUCUGUCAAUACAGAGCGAGACCUUCACCUAUAACAACAACAACUCAUCCUCAUCAUCCAGCGAACAGGAGUCCAACUCCACCUAUGAGCGGAUCUUCCCCCUCGGACCUGACUACCAGGAGCCCUCGCGCCUCAUCCGCAAACUGCCCGAGUUCUCACAGUCCACGGAGGAGGCUGGGACCAGUGCAGCAUCAAAGUCAUCCCAGGCCAGUGCCCAGGAAGGCGUCCCUCACUAUGCGGAGGCAGACAUUGUCAACCUGCAGGGGGUGACGGGGAGCAACACCUACGCUGUGCCGGCCAUCACCAUGGACCUGUUGUCCGGUAAAGACGUGGCGGUGGAGGAAUUCCCCCGGAAGCUGCUGACCUUCAAAGAAAAGCUGGGAGAGGGACAAUUUGGAGAGGUGCAUCUGUGUGAAGCGGAGGGGAUGCAGGACUUCAUGGACGAUGAUGAUUUCUCUUUUGAAAUCAGUGACAGUCAGCCCAUACUUGUGGCUGUGAAGAUGCUGAGAGCAGACGCCAACAAGAACGCAAGGAAUGAUUUCCUUAAAGAAAUAAAGAUAAUGUCACGGCUAAAAGAUCCCAACAUCAUACGCCUCCUGGCGGUGUGCAUCGGCAGUGACCCUCUCUGCAUGAUCACAGAGUACAUGGAGAACGGGGACCUCAACCAAUUCUUGUCCCGCCAUGAGCCUGAGGACCUGAUGGCCCUGUUCAAUAACGCACCCACUGUCAGCUAUAGCAAUCUGAAGUAUAUGGCCACUCAGAUUGCCUCUGGAAUGAAGUACCUGUCCUCGCUCAACUUUGUGCAUCGAGACCUGGCCACACGCAACUGCCUGGUAGGCAAGAACUAUACCAUCAAAAUUGCUGACUUCGGCAUGAGCCGUAACCUGUACAGCGGGGAUUACUAUCGUAUCCAAGGCCGGGCAGUACUGCCCAUCCGCUGGAUGUCCUGGGAGAGCAUCCUGCUGGGAAAGUUCACCACCGCCAGCGAUGUAUGGGCCUUUGGCGUGACCCUGUGGGAAACGCUGACAUUCUGCAAAGAGCAGCCCUACUCCCAGCUUUCUGACGAGCAGGUCAUCGAGAACACCGGCGAAUUCUUCAGGGACCAGAAACGGCAGAUCUACCUGCCCCAGCCAGACAUGUGCCCUGACUCAAUCUACAAGCUCAUGUUGAGCUGCUGGCGCAGGAACGCAAAGGAGAGGCCGUCCUUUCAGGAGAUCUACCAUUCCCUCCUGGAGUGCCCGCCUUAGCGUCAGUGCUGGCAUGCUCAGAGACUCUGUGUGCCCACAGGACUCCAGGCAGCCUCAGCCAGGCUGUCACUUAAUAAACACCGCUCAUACAUUAACAGCAUACACACAAGCGCAGUGCAUUCACAGGGUGGGGAGUGAUAGCUAAAGUCGAAACAUUCCCCAUUUCACAUAUGAGAGUAGUUACUGCUGUGUAAAAAUGUUGUUGUUGUUGCUGUUCGUGCCAUUAAAAAGGCAAGUCAAACUAAUUUACCAGGGGUGUCGGUAAACCAAAGAGGAAACGUUAAAGGGAAAUGUUGUUGCGUUUUUUAAAUACCUGAUUCUCCUGCUAUUUAGUAUUUACAUCUACAUCAAAAAAAAAACCAAAGAGCAGACCUCAGAGAAAACAGCAUUUACUUGAAUGUAAAAUUAUGCAUGGAAUAUGAGUCAAAUAUAAGUCAUGUCAAGCGAAUGCAGUUACAUGAUAAUUCAUAUCAGUAUUCCUACGACACCAAUAUCAAUAUUUCAUUUCUUGUUAGGUAAUUUUCAUAUUUAUGACAAACCUUCGAGAGAAUUUUUGAUUUUGAAUGACAUUAGUGAUUAUUAGCGUGUAUUUGGAUAGUAUUGGGUUCUCAUAUAAUUAGCAUUUAUUUUAAUUGUUUUUGAAUUUUUUGUUUGAUUUGCCUUUUUUGCUUUGUAGUCCACUUAAAGAUCAGCUUGAAGUUUCAUUUAUGUCGCUUGUAUAUUUGAAAUGCUCGAGGUUGUGCCCAGUCUUGUUAUUUGUUUACCAAAAGAUCACUGUAAUAAAUGGGGAAUCACAUAAAUGCAGACAGGAUGAGGGACAUUUUGAGAGGGAAAUGUGUAUUAUAGUUAUGGCAGAAAAUUAGUUAAGAUUCAUUAUGGUCUUGUUUUGCUGUCAGUCCAUUAAAUACAGGUAUGACAUUUUAAUGAUGAUGCAGCAACAGUAGCAUUGCACAGCUAUAUAAUACUGACUUAUUGUUUUGAAUGUUUUGUAUUAUUAAAAGAAUGAAUUGACAAAAAUACUGAAAUGCCAUAAAAUGGCAUUUUUUCUUUCAUUUCAAAUGAUGCUGUUUUGGACAGAAAUGAAAAUAAAUCUUUUAGCACUUCAAGUAGCUAGGUAUAAUAGAUGUCAUUUGUUAACUUUGUUCUAAUAUUGUGCUUUACUUUAUUUGUACUUAAAGCUUAAUUGUUUUGUUUCAGUUUUCAGUGUACUCAGUUUAAAUCUCAAGUCAAACACUGACAGGGUCUUGCAGGUGGCUUUGUGUAGUUUCACAAUACAGGUAUAAUGGACAAAUUUGAAGCAUGUAGACCUUUGCAAUAAAGGGCCAAUCAGUACCAUACAGUAUGUCCAGACCUGGAAUGGACUUAUUCUUUAUUUUGGCAUAAUAAUUCAGAUGAGAGAGCAAGAGGAUGAUCAUCUUUGCAUAGCAUUAUAAGCCAGUGUUGGUGGUUAAGGACAGUAAUCUCCAGUGAUUUCUUUUUUUAUUUUAUUUUAUUUUCUUUACUAUUUUUUAAAUGUAACAUAUUGCCCCCAUUUCCAUUUAAAACAUUCAUACAGGGUUGUCAUAUAUGACCACAGCUGGUGAAUUUGCUCCCUAGUUUUUUGAACGUGUUCACAACUUUCUAUAUGCAGAAUUGUAAAUUAUGAUUAUAAUUACCAAUGCAAAUACCAUUAAGUGGACUAGUAUGCAGAUCAUAAAAACAUAAAUGGCAGUUAUUUCUCAAUGGAAAGGUAUGCUGCUUAAGAACAACAAAGUAACAAAUACUGAUUGUUAGAGAUGCAUUACAGUAUGUGUUAGGUAGAGAGUGUAUUGUAAGUUUAUAGAUGUCAACAGAAUGUGAAAUGUAUUGUAUAGUAUAUGACAAUCAUGUAAACCUAGACAUUGUACAUGAAAUUCCAUCAGAGCUCAUAUGUCUCAGUAUGUUACAUAAUUGUGCGUGGUGAGGUUUAUCCGAGGAUACAUUCUAAGAUUUGUGUAUUUGCGUAUUUCUGAAAACAUAAGAAAAGGUAUUAAUGUUUCUUACAGUCAAAGUAUUGUUGCAGAAGUGGCCUUAAGGGAAAAUUUGAUUUACAAAAUCCAAGUACAGAAUGUGAUUAAAGUAAACUUUUUUUCCCUGAUGGAGGGCCUGCCAAGUUUUAUUCAUAAUACUUUUAGGUCAGAUUGUAACAGGUAUCAUUAUAUGUUACAGUGUUGCAGUGCCUUCGUGGGUAUGCUUGGUUUUCACAGAAAAUUGUCUUAACCAUUUACCAUGAUGGAAUCCCAGAGGCUUUUAAAGACCAACAAACUCACUUCACCUAGAUUGCACAACUAUGAUUAUUAUCCACUCCCACCAUGCCUAGAUAUAGCUUCUGAUAAUCACGCCCAAAAGGAAAAAAACAGUUUCAGAUUUGUUUUUACACUCAGGCCACUUGACCUUUGACCUAGCCUUUUUCAGAUUCCACUGGAACAAAAAAAAGAGAUACAUUAAACCAUCCAUUGUGUAUACAGUUUAGUAUUUAAACUGAAAUAUAUUUCUUUUCAUUUGGGCAUUUCAGUUAUGGUUUUAUAAGACAACAAAACAGCUUUUCAUCUGGCAUUUCAAUAAUGUUUUGUCUUUGGAUGCAUUACAGUUUUUCAAAUGAUUUUCUGAGAGUUAACAGCAAAAUUAGCUAUUGCCUAAUGUUUGGUAUUGGGUAGAAUGGGUUGUACAUAAAUAUAGUAAAAAAAAUUCAUUGUGGUUUGGCACAUUUAGAGCCAAUUUAGAUGUGCCAAUAACAAAGUAUGAGGAGAGGUUAAUUCAGUUUUAAAAAGGGAGUCAUUCAUAUUGUGGACAGUUUUUAAAAUAGGAAUAUGUGCUUUAUUUCAUACCUUGUCUGUCAAUUAUUUUUACCAAUUGAUUACAUUAUUUUGUAAAGUAAUAAAUAUUGUAUAGUGGUUAUUAAUGUUUCAUGUACAAGAGAAAUUCAACUGUUGUAUCAGUAAUUGUUUCAUUUUAUGGUUAUAUUCAUAUAUUUUAUUGAAUAUGUGUUUAUUUCAAAAUAAAAAGUUAUGUAUGUUUUGUAUUGGUAGAUGGAUACUGCCGAAAGACAACAUAAAGUAAAAUACCUGAAAUUCCA